AUGUUGUUUGGCUUUGUUGGCUGUGUGCUGUGGUUGCUGCUGUGGACCUCUCCAGCAGUGUCUGUCAAAGACUAUUUAUUCAAAAAGUGUGAACAAAAUGGCUUUUGCAAUCGAAACAGACACUACGCUCAGCAGAUUUCAGCAUUGGAGGGGGCCUAUGAGCCUCGUUACGCCAUGGAUAGGUCCAGUCUAGUGGUUGAUGAAAAAAACGGAUUGAUUAAGGGAAAGAUAAACAAGCAAUUGGGCGAUGGAUCGUACAGAGACCUGAUUUUUGAUGUGACCAUAGUGGAAGACUAUAAUUUACGUUUCAGACUCGACGAGGAAGACAGAAAGAAAUAUAUCCCAGAGGGGAUCACAGUGAACCCUAGCAGAUAUUCGGAAACUGGAGAUCGAGCAUUUAAGGGGAAGCUGGCAAGAAAACCUUUCCAGCAUCAGAUUCUAGAUGACGAGAUAUUUGUCAAAUACGGCGAAGGGCUAAAAUACUCAGCGGUUAUCAAAAUGUACCCAUUCAGGAUUACUAUUAUGUAUAACGAUGUCAAGCAGAUUGUGCUGAAUGAUAGAGAUUUCUUGAAUCUAGAGCAUUACAGAACGAAGGAAAGUCAAGAAAAGGAGCGUGGUGAAUCGAUUGACAUUUUACCUGAAGAAUCUACGUUCAAUGCAUACAAGGACAACUUUAAGGACUCUAAGGAUGAUCACCUCUUUUUGGGUCCAGAAUCUGUAGCUCUAGACUUCACUUUCGUCAAUUAUACCCACGUCUAUGGAAUACCUGAACAUGCGGACUCUUUUUCCUUGAAGGACACGACGGGAACCGAGCCUUACAGACUAUACAAUGUUGACAUCUUUGAGUACGAAACCCAGAGCAAACUUCCGAUGUAUGGAUCGAUCCCAUUGAUGAUUGCUGCAAAGCCUGAUACCUCUGCGGCAAUAUUUUGGGUGAACUCUGCUGAUACCUAUAUUGAUAUCAAAAAGAACGACGCUGACAGUGUGAAGACACACUGGAUGUCAGAGAAUGGUAUAAUGGACGUUAUUUUGAUGGUGAAACCUACACCCAGUGCCAUCUCGAAGGCAUAUGGUGAAAUCACUGGGUUUUCAACGCUGCCAAAUUUGUUUUCACUUGGCUAUCACCAGUGUAGAUGGAACUACAACGAUGAAGGUGAUGUUUUGGAUGUCCAUCAAAAUUUUGAUAACUAUGAAAUACCAUAUGAUACCAUCUGGUUAGAUAUCGAGUACACCGAUGAGAAAAGAUAUUUUACUUGGAAUAAGGAACUUUUCCCGACACCAGAUGACAUGAUGGCCAAAAUGGACGAGACUAAGCGUCAACUUGUUAUGAUUGUCGACCCCCACAUCAAGGAUGAUUACUUCAUGGCCGAUCUUAUCAAAGAUAAUGACAUCGCAAUCAAUGAUCCAUUAAUUGAAGGUGCUUUCCGUGGGCAUUGCUGGCCUGGAAAGUCUAUUUGGAUUGAUACCAUGAAUCCCGCAGCCCAAAAAAUAUGGGAUUCUCAAUUUAAGAAUGGCAGUUCUCUAUUAGGUUAUUCCACCAAUGGACAUAUUUGGAAUGAUAUGAACGAGCCUUCUGUUUUUGAUGGGCCAGAGACGUCAAUUUCAAAAGACACAAAGCAUUAUGGGCAUUACGAACAUAGAUCUGUUCACAAUAUAUAUGGCUUGUCUUUCCAUGAAGCGACCUACAAUUCCUUGAUCAAGAGAAAUGACUACAAGCGUCCUUUCAUCCUUACCAGAUCUUUUUAUGCUGGAUCGCAAAGGACAGCAGCUAUGUGGACGGGUGACAAUAUGGCCAAAUGGGAAUACCUGAAAGAAUCAAUUCCAAUGGUUCUCACUAUGAACGCUGUCGGUUUCCCUUUUGCAGGAGCAGACGUCGGUGGAUUUUUUGGUAAUCCACCAAAGGACCUUUUGGUCAGAUGGUACCAAGCUGGGAUUUGGUAUCCAUUUUUCAGAGGGCAUGCACACAUCGAUUCGAGACGUCGUGAACCGUGGAUUGCAGGUGGCGUCUAUACUGAUUACAUGAGAGAUGCAAUAAGGUUGAGAUACAGAUUACUGCCAUUACUCUACACAGAGUUUUGGAAAAGCAGUGUUUCGGGACAGCCCAUCCUAAAGUCAAUGCUGUGGGAAAUUCCACAAGAUAAACUGGGAUAUGAAAUAGAUAAUCAGUUUUACCUUGGUGGACUACUGGUGCAUCCUAUCGUUGAAGAGAAUGCUGAGGAGGCCGAGGUCUAUUUCCCGUGUGACGGUGAAACAUAUUACGAUUUCUUCGACGUUGCCACAAAAUUCCAAUCUUGCCAGACAAUCAACGUCAAGGCCACCUUGGGUAUGAUGCCAGUUUUCCUAAAGGGAGGCUGCGUUGUGCCAACCAAAGACAGAUAUAGGAGGUCGGCGCAGCUCAUGAAGUAUGACCCAUAUACUCUUUACGUUGUGAUUGGCUCGGAUGGAACUGCCUCGGGGGAAUUGUAUGUUGACGACGGAGAAACAUUUGGGUACAAAUCUGGAGACUGGUUGGAAGUUGAAUUGACAGCAUCAGAGUCCGAUAGAGUAAUAAGAGCCAGCGUGGUCCACAACGAAAACAAAACAUUCACUAGAGGCUUAGAGACGAAGAAGGUAACGGUGAACAAAGUCAUUGUUGUCGGCUCUAGUGUUUCAGGCGGCCUGGCUUCUGUGUCUGUCUCGCAGAACGGCAAGACAUGGACAGCCGACGUGGCUGAAAGCAGACCUGACCAUGCAUUCACAAUUCGGAACCCGGACGUGCUUAUCACUAGCAACUGGGAAAUAAACUUCUAA